CUUUAAAACUGGUUCAUUUAUAGUUAUAGUUCUUGUUCUCGGUGUAAACGGCUUUUCAAAAAGUUGACGUCGACUUUGAGAGUCCACUUAAUGUACUUAAGCCAGGUCAGCAGUUGAACGUGAAUGAUAAAUGAGGCUGUUUACUGUUCUCCGGUCAUGCUUUGAGAUGCUGCAGCCUUAAUUGCAUUACCUAACUGGCCUGAGUACUUGCUCAUGUCUGUUAUUAGAAGUUCACCAGUCAACCAUCUCACCAGACAACCCAAGUCCUAAUUCACCAAAGCACUUGGUGAAUAAAUUAAUAUACCAGAACUGAAAGAAUGAGAUUAUACUUAAGGAGCCAGGCAGAAACGUGAUGUCUUAGUUAGUGUUAUUUAUGACCAGAGGUGCCCCAUAAGCUCAAUUCAUGCGAAUUAUGCAUAGAGUGAAUCAGCUGCAGUGGGAGUCUGACUUGUUUUUGGCCUCGUAAUUAGCAGAUGGUGAGUAUGGGUGCAUAAAAUUUUCAUUCAUGAAUGUGAGACUGCGAAUGAGCUCAUUUUCUUGCAGCAAAUGGAAGAGAUUCGGUGCGCCAUCUGAUGUUACCAUCUUCUUGCUGGCACGUGCCUGUCCUCAUCUCAACUAAACCAUGGGGUCAUUACGAAAGCCCAGGCCCCGUUUCAUGAGCUCGCCUGUGCUGUCUGACCUCGCCCGCUUUCAUGCCAGCUCGCCAACACUGCAGCUGUCCAACGCUAGUGUUUGGAACAGUGUACAAACGGCUGUAAUUAAAGUCUUCCAAGGUGGGGGGCUACAGGCCAAUGAGCUCUACACCCUGAACGAAAGCAUAAGGUGGCUUUUGAGGACUGAGCUGGGAUCAUUUAUCACUGAAUACUUUCAGGAUCAGCUCUUGAAUAAGGGUCUGACGUAUAUUUUGGAGAAGAUUCAGCUUCAUAACGAUGAGACUCGUCUCCAAGCGGUGUCUGAGAUGUGGGUGAGGUUUUUCACAGACAUCCUGCCAACUCUUCAAGCUAUUUUCUACCCCGUGCAGGGUCAGGAGUUGACUGUGAGGCAGAUGGCUCUGCUAGGCUUCAGGAACAUGGUUCUGUUGAAACUUCCUGUGGAGAACAUGUUUCAGGGCUCCUCAUAUCCUUCUCCAAUCACACAGAUGCUGCUGAUCCUGCAGGGCAUUCAUGAACCUAAUCGACCUACGCAAGAGUAUUUCCGGCUCGAGAGGCUAGUGGACAUGGUUAUAUCUCCCUACCUGAGUAACUACCUCAACAUGAACCCUAGCGAUUCCUCUUCAGAGGAUCAUCUGGAAGGCCUGAGGUUGGUUGCCACUCCACACCUCAGUCAACCUGAGAUUAUGGUGACACAUUUUGGCCACGAGUCUUUCCUGGCACCUCUAAUCGAACACGAGGGUGAAGCCUAUUUGGAAAGGACCGGUGGUGUCCGACGUCACACAGUGGCCAAUGUGCAUUCGGACAUCCAGCUCCUGUCCAUGAAAAACAGGAUGUGUUCAGAAAAAGUGGAGGUCAGUGGGGCUGCCAGGAUGACCAAGACAGAGAGCAAAAGGACACCUAAGACUUUCUGCAGUGAACCGGCCUUUUUUCGCUCCCGUCCAGGUGGCGUGGAAAUCCUCCGAGGGCAAAGCACUGAUGAAGUGUGGCCUAACUAGUUAAAAAAAGCCUCUCUCUCAUGCUCUCAAAACGCCCAUUGAGAUCUUAUAAAGUUACGAUAACUGAGACAAGCUACAACGUGCUCGCUUAAUACAAUAUGGACUCUACUGCUGUGGAAAUGUGAGCUGUUUUGUGUGCUAAAUACUGUUUGGCCUGUCAGUGUAGCCUGUUUUUAAGAGCUUGGAGGGAGGAGGAUGGUUGAAGAAGCUUUCGCUUCAGCCGUUUCUUGUAAAGCACGCCAAAAGUCACACUUUUUGUCGUGGAGGUGGUAAAGCGGUGUGAAAGUAUGCUGGUGAGCAAAUGGUUUACAACGGUACAGCAGAAACCAUACAUUACAAACUAACGGCACUUCCUUACAAUUAAUGUCUUUACAUUCUCUUUCUUAAGCGGUCUUACCGUUUCAUUUCUUUGUAGUGGAAACUAAACAUGCUGAC